CGUAAGGUCAUCAAAUUGUUGGUUGCGAUUCUGGCGGUGGGGUUCUUAGUCGGUAUAUCCUUCUGUGUGUACACGGUGUUCUAUUGGAUCUAUAUUCCACAGCGAGACCAUGUUGGAGACGUUUAUCUGCAGUACAGUCAGUCCAGAACAUCGAACACAAUAGCAACAGGACCAAAGGCGCUCUUUCUUCGCGAUGGUCAAGCAUACCAUCUAUCUGUAGUUCUGACGGUGCCGACCUCGGAAAUAAAUACUGGGCUGGGUAAUUUCAUGGUCAAGGUGCAGUUACUGAACGCUGGUGGAAACAGCAUCAUGAGCUCCAGUCGAUCUGCAAUUGUGAAGUACGAGUCGAUGGCCGUGCGAUUUUUACGUACUGCUUGGAGAGCCAUACCUCUUAUCUUACAAUGGAGUCAAGAAGCCCAGACGAUCAAAGUGCCGAUGAUUACGGAUUUUGUUGAGGACUCCUCGAACCCGGUCGUCCAAGUGUUUGUGGAGAUAUCGGACCCAAGAUUACAGGUCUACAAGACGACACUCCAUAUUGACGCGCAUUUCAGUGGACUGCGGUAA